UGUUUCUUUAUUAUUAUAACUCACUCUCAUUCAUUCUAUACAUAGAUAGAUCCCAUUUCUAUUUCCAUUUCCAUUUCAAGUCCUCAUCCAAUUAAUCAAUCGAUACUUACACAUUUUCUGUAUCUAUAACCCUAUCCCUUUUUCUAGGGUUUCUACUUUUUUAGACCUAACCAUGUCUCUAAGACCUAACGACCGGACGGAGGUUCGCCGGAACCGUUACAAAGUCGCCGUCGACGCCGAUGAAGGCCGCCGCCGCAGAGAAGACAAUAUGGUUGAGAUCCGUAAGAACAAAAGAGAAGAAAAUUUGCAGAAGAAAAGACGUGAAGGUCUCACUGCUGCUCACUUCUCUGCUCCUCUUCAAUCUGCUUCCGUCACUGAAAAAAAGUUAGAGAAUUUACCAGCAAUGGUUGCAGGAGUUUGGUCCAACGAUAACAAUAUGCAGCUUGAGGCCACUACUCAUUUUCGAAAGUUGUUAUCGAUAGAACGUAGUCCACCUAUCCAAGAAGUUAUUCAAUCAGGCGUUGUUCCUCGCUUUGUUGAGUUUCUUGUGAGGGAGGAUUUUCAUCAACUACAGUUUGAGGCAGCUUGGGCUUUGACUAAUAUUGCUUCUGGGACAUCAGAACACACAAAGGUGGUGAUUGACCAUGGUGCCGUGACGAUAUUUGUGAAACUUCUUGCUUCUCCUAGUGAUGAUGUUAGAGAGCAGGCUGUAUGGGCACUUGGGAAUGUUGCUGGUGAUUCACCUAAAUGUCGUGACCUUGUUCUUGGACAAGGAGCAUUGCUUCCGUUGUUAGCUCAGCUAAAUGAGAAUGCGAAGCUAUCGAUGUUGCGAAAUGCCACAUGGACACUUUCCAAUUUCUGUAGAGGCAAGCCUCAGCCUUCUUUUGAUCAGACAAGACCUGCACUUCCGGCUCUUCAGCAACUUAUUCAUUCAAAUGAUGAGGAGGUUUUGACGGACGCAUGUUGGGCGCUCUCGUAUCUUUCAGAUGGUACAAAUGAUAAGAUCCAAGCAGUUAUUGAAGCAAACGUAUGUCCCAGACUGGUGGAGUUACUUAAUCAUUUUUCUCCCUCGGUGCUUAUUCCCGCUCUUCGUACAGUUGGGAACAUUGUAACUGGUGAUGAUAUGCAGACCCAGUAUAUCAUCAAUCAACAAGCACUGCCCUGUCUUCUGAACCUGUUGAACAACAAUCACAAAAAGAGCAUAAAGAAGGAAGCUUGUUGGACUAUAUCAAACAUCACUGCUGGCAACAAGGACCAAAUUCAGACGGUGAUUGAUGCAAACAUCAUAGGUCCUCUUUUGCAAUUGCUUCAAAAUGCAGAAUUUGACAUCAAAAAAGAGGCUGCAUGGGCUAUUUCAAAUGCUACGUCUGGUGGCAGUCAUGAUCAAAUCAAGUAUCUUGUUAGUCAAGGAUGUAUCAAACCUCUAUGUGACCUACUUGUCUGUCCAGACCCUAGAAUUGUGACAGUUUGUCUAGAGGGUCUUGAAAACAUACUAAAGGUUGGGGAAGCUGAGAAGAAUUUGGGACGAUCAGGAGAUGUCAAUCUGUAUGCACAGUUGAUUGAUGAUGCUGAAGGUUUGGAGAAAAUUGAGAACUUACAGAGUCAUGAUAACAAUGAGAUAUACGAGAAAGCAGUUAAGCUUCUUGAAACUUAUUGGUUGGAAGAAGAGGAGGAUGUAAUGCCACCUGGUAACGCAAAUCAGCCUCAGCCUGGUUUCAAUUUUGGUGGUGGUGAUGUUUCUGUUCCCUCUGGUGGCUUCAACUUUAACUAAUUGAAGGUAGAUGUGUGGCUAUAGACCUUGUCAUAAUCAACGGUCAUUUACGUUUUCAGGCUGAACUUCUGGCUAAGUCUGGUGUUGGGAUUGUGGGCGUCUCUGUUUUCACUGAGGUUCAUGCUUGGUUUGGUAGCUGUGAAGUCUUGGUGGAUUUAGUUUUGAUGGAUAAUGUAAAGUUACUUCUUGUUUUCUUUGGAAAGUUACCUUUGACCAUUUAAAUUGGGAUUUUUAGAGUUUUUCCUUUUUUAUUUGUUGUUGCUGUAGCUACUUAUGCAUUUCAUAUAUGCCAUCUGUUGGGAAUUCCCAGCUUCUUUGA